AUGCAGAAAUCACCAUCGUCGUCGUCAUCGAACGGGAUGGUUCCGCUAUGGGGACUCGUUGUGUCUCUUAUCUUUCUCAACUUCGCAAUCAUACUGCAUGAUUUCUAUUCGAGCAUUCGUUUCAUCAUCAGUAUAUUCAAAUUUAUCCCAGUAAUCAUUUCUUGUAUCCGCGCCUCUCCCUCUGCAACAACAAAGAAAAUCUGCAGAAACUGCGAGAGAACUUGUAAUGCUAAUGCAGCCGGCGAAGAUCAUAUAAACCUGUCGUUUUCGGAAUUGAAAACGGUGAUCGAGAACGAGGGAAUGGCUCAAAUAGAGUGGCUGUUCGAGGAAGAAGAACAGAGUUUGAUGGAAGCGAAAGAAGCUUUCGAUGUGUUAGAUGAAAACAAGGAUGGAUUCAUCGAUGCAAAGGAGUUGAGGAAUGCAUUGUCUUCGUUAGGAUUCAUCAAGGAGGCUUCGGAAGAUGACUGCGAAAGGAUGAUUAAAGGGUUUGAUGAUGAUUUGGAUGGUCAAAUUGAUUUCAAUGAAUUUUUAAAAGCGUUGGAGACAAGUUUCUGCUCUCCAAAUUAA